AUUUAAACGCGUGUCUGGGACUGCGGGAUGCUGCUUCGCAUGCGGAGCUGCCCGAUGAGUGGGCAGUGUCGCCGCCUGCCCUGAGUGCCUCAGGCCAGCGCGGAGCCCCCGGCGCGCGAGCACGGCAGGCGAGGGCCGGGGAGACCCGGACCCCGCGCCGACCUGGCAUCGGGCGGUUUAAUUGCAAGCGUCUGCUCGCCGUCCACACCGUCCUCCUCUGCCGGGCCGGCGCUGUGGGUGAAGCAGGGGCUGGCUUGGAACCGGCAGCCGAGGCAGCGCCCCCGGGCCAUGGUGCGGCCGAGCCCCGCGCUCCGGUGAGGUGAAGCGAAGCGGCCGCUCGACUUCCCCGAGAGGCCUUUCCCGCCGCCGCGAUGUUCAGCUGGCUGGGCACCGACGACCGCCGGAGGAAGGACCCCGAGGUCUUCCAGACGGUGAGCGAGGGGCUCAAGAAACUCUACAAGACCAAACUGCUGCCCCUGGAAGAGCAUUACCGCUUCCACGAGUUCCACUCGCCCGCCCUGGAGGAUGCUGAUUUCGACAACAAGCCCAUGGUCCUGCUGGUGGGCCAGUACUCCACCGGGAAGACCACCUUCAUCAGGUAUCUGCUGGAACAGGAUUUCCCAGGCAUGAGGAUCGGGCCCGAGCCGACAACCGACUCCUUCAUAGCAGUGAUGCAGGGCGACGUGGAGGGGAUCAUCCCUGGGAAUGCGUUGGUUGUGGAUCCUAAGAAACCCUUCAGGAAACUCAACGCCUUUGGGAAUGCCUUCCUGAACAGGUUCGUGUGUGCGCAGCUGCCCAAUGCCGUGCUGGAGAGCAUCAGCGUCAUCGACACUCCGGGGAUCCUGUCCGGAGAGAAGCAGAGGAUCAGCCGAGGGUAUGACUUUGCAGCAGUCCUGGAGUGGUUCGCGGAGAGAGUGGACCGCAUCAUCCUACUCUUCGAUGCCCACAAGCUGGACAUCUCUGAUGAGUUUUCAGAAGUCAUCAAGGCCCUCAAGAACCAUGAGGACAAGAUGCGGGUGGUGCUGAACAAGGCCGACCAGAUCGAGACACAGCAGCUGAUGCGGGUGUAUGGGGCCCUCAUGUGGUCCCUGGGCAAGAUUGUGAACACCCCAGAGGUGAUUCGGGUCUACAUCGGCUCCUUCUGGUCCCACCCCCUCCUCAUCCCUGACAAUCGGAAGCUCUUUGAAGCUGAGGAGCAGGACCUGUUCAGGGACAUCCAGAGCCUACCCCGAAAUGCUGCCCUCCGGAAACUCAAUGACCUUAUCAAGAGAGCCAGGCUGGCCAAGGUCCAUGCCUACAUCAUCAGCUCUUUAAAGAAGGAGAUGCCCUCCGUGUUCGGGAAGGACAACAAGAAGAAGGAGCUGGUGAACAACCUGGGGGAGAUUUAUGGCCGGAUCGAGCGAGAGCACCAGAUCUCACCUGGAGACUUUCCCAACCUGAAGAGGAUGCAGGACCAGCUGCAGGCCCAAGACUUUAGCAAAUUCCAGCCCCUGAAGAGCAAGCUGCUGGAGGUGGUGGAUGACAUGUUGGCGCACGACAUCGCCCAGCUCAUGGUGCUGGUGCGCCAGGAGGAGAUCCAGCGGCCCGUGCAGAUGGUGAAGGGUGGAGCCUUCGAGGGCACCCUGCACGGCCCCUUCGGUCAUGGCUAUGGGGAGGGAGCUGGGGAGGGCAUCGAUGAUGCGGAGUGGGUGGUGGCCCGGGACAAGCCCAUGUAUGAUGAGAUCUUCUACACCCUGUCCCCUGUGGAUGGCAAGAUCACAGGUGCUAAUGCAAAGAAGGAGAUGGUGCGCUCCAAGCUGCCCAACAGUGUGCUGGGCAAGAUAUGGAAGCUGGCGGACAUCGACAAGGAUGGCAUGUUGGAUGAUGAGGAGUUUGCACUGGCUAACCACCUCAUCAAGGUCAAGCUAGAGGGACACGAGCUGCCCAACGAGCUGCCUGCCCACCUCCUGCCCCCAUCCAAGAGGAAAGUUGCAGAGUAACAGGAAUAGGCCCAGCUUAAGGAAAUGUUAGAGGAGGAUACAGGAGCAGUGACCACAUAUGUGUGUGCACACCUGCGCACACACAUGCACACACAACUGGACAGUUGCACUGUACAUGAGAAGGGGUAGCUGUGCUGCCGUCUCCAGGCUGAGCCUAGUUUGGACACCUCUCCAAGUUCCUAGCAUGGGUAGAAAGCUGCACCCUGGGUCCUAGGGUAUAAGCCUGUGUCUCCACAUCUGUGACCCUCCCAUCUCCCACUUCCCAAAGACCUGGGGUGGUUCACUGGCCCACAUGUGGCCACCCAAACCUAUUCCCCAGUGCCUCCUUACUCAGGCUCCAAGCAGAUGGGAAAAGCUUUUCAUUUAAUAGAUAACUUGCUUUAUUUUCAAUUCACUCUAUUUUUUGUGCUUUUGUUUCUCUCUUUGCCUUCCUAAUAAGAAAUCUACUCAGGGGUUAGGAGACGAGAAAUGAAGGGCAGAGAGAACUGAGUUAGAAAGUGUCCUUUGAGCACAGCAUCCCAGACUUGAAGAGAUGUUGACCUGUGCUGUGUGCUCCAUUCUUUCCAAGCCUAAGGCUCUGUCUUCCUGGCUUAGAACUCUGUGUGUACUUCAUUUCAAAGAAUCACAAAUAGAGAGAAGAAAAAAUUGGGAGGAAAGAGUAUGGACGCCAUCUUUGGGUCUUCUGCUAGAAACUCAUCAGAGUCACUCUAGUGCAUGGAUUUGAUCCUGUUCUUACCUGACCUGUGAUGUCUGGACGCUCACACUUAAUUCACCUUUAUUCGUCCCCUCCCAUGUCUCAGGAACUGUGUUAGCUGCUUAUAUGCAUUACUCUGUGGGCCUCACUAAUGCCCCAUGUAAGUCCCCUCUUUUGCAGAAGAGGACCCUGGGGCACAGAGAGUUUAUGACUUUUCUAAACUCACAGAAAUUACACAUAAUGGGGAGGAGGCAAAGCCAGGAGCUGAGGCCUAAAGACUUGUGUCUGUACUGUGAUGUGUGCAGGAUCCCUGCAUUGCUACCUACUGAAUCAAAGAACAAAGGAGUGUGCAAACCCACUCACAGCCACCCAGCACCAGCUGGCAAGGGACAAGGACCAGCCAGCAUUUGGUGGGCCAUCAAUCUGGCCAUCUGUCAUUUCAUAGAAGCAAACCGUGCCUUCUGGCUAUGCACCCCAUGUUCCCAGCAUUGCAGAAGUCCAACCUACCAGCAGGAGAGUGGGCUGGGCUGCUGGAUACUCUGUGCCAAUCCCCAUGUGGCCUCCCACCCAUUAGCUUGCAUCAUCUCAGCUCAGAUGCAGCCACCAGUUCUUAUCAGGCGAGACCUUGUAUGGAUUCUCCAAAGGUCAAUUUGAGAGCCCUGGAGUCUUGUUCCCUGUAGGGUCGCAGUGGCUCUGUUAUGUCCUUUACAAAUCCCCACCACACUCAGUGUGCUGUACCCUCCUUCAUGGUCUCUCCUCAGCUUGCUCUUUGUCAACUGAUAGUCACUUUGUCUGUUAUGCUCUUACUGAGAUGGAAAAUGAAAACCUGUAUAACUUAUUUUAUAUGUGUAUUCAGACUAUAUAGAGAAUAUCCUAUGUAUCUAUGAUGUGAUUACUACUGCAGUGCGUUUGUCAUUAGUAUUCCUGUUAAUAUAGCACAUUUCUCCUUUGGUA